UUGUUUAGACUCAUGAGAUAACCCCCAAACUGAGAAAAAGCUCUCAUAUUUAGAAAAUCAAGAUGAGCGAGCUAGGCAAAUCACACAAGUCAAACUUAGUGUUUAAUGAUCUCCGUCUGGAGGGAGAAUUUUGCGAUGCAGUCAUCAAAGUCGAGGACUUCGAAUUUCAAAUCCACAGGAUCGUCCUCUGUAAAUGCAGCCCGUACUUCCUAGCUCUCUUCAGACGUUGGUCAACCCCAGACAAAAAGGUCUUUGACAUACCCGGCCUAUCUCCUGACAUGAUGCAGCUCAUCAUUGAGUUUGCAUACACCGGCUCUGUUUCUGUGACAGAGGACAACGCACAGGAGCUGCUGCUUGCAGCCGAUCAGCUCAAUGUAAUGGACAUUGUGCAAAUUGGCUGUGAAUUCCUGGGGGAGCAGCUAUGCCCAAAGAACUGCAUCGGCAUUUUUCAGUUCACCAACAUUUGUUUCUCCUCCGAACUGCAGCACAAGGCCUACCGCUGUAUUAUUGAUCACUUUGAGGAGGUUGUUUUCUCUGAAGAGUUCCUGCAGCUCUCUGUGCAGGAACUCACUGACAUCCUUGAUAGAGACGACCUCAAUGUGAGAAAAGAGAGUGCUGUGUAUGAGUCCAUCCUUCGCUGGAUCACCCACGUGCCUGAAAAACGAAAAGGACACAUCACUGUACUCUUGUCUAAGGUCCGGCUGGCCUUGACAGGUAUGGACUACAUGAGGAUUAACGUUAUGUCCAAUCAGCUGGUCAAUAGCAACACUGAGUGUCAUCUUAUGGUCAAAGAAGCCAUUGAGACCAUAUGUCACAACACAACAUCCUCUGUGUCUGGGCUCUGCAACCCUCUCUCUCGUCCUCGCCUGCCUAAUGCCAUCAUGUUGGCCAUUGGAGGCUGGAGUGGCGGUGAUCCGACUAACGGCAUUGAAGCAUACGAUAUCCGCGCUGACUACUGGAUCAAUGUGACGAACGAUCACGAGCGUCCUCGCGCCUAUCACGGCACUGCUUUCCUUAAUGGGAAUGUCUACUGUGUUGGUGGCUUUGACAGGGUGGAGCAUUUUAACAGUGUGCGCCGGUUUGACCUGAGCACACACUUCUGGCAUGAGGUGGCCUCUAUGUACUACCGCCGCUGCUAUGUGAGCGUCACUGUGCUGAACGGGUGCAUUUAUGCCAUGGGAGGUUAUGAUGGGCAUACACGACUUAACACUGCAGAGCGCUACAAGCCCGAGAACAACCAAUGGAGUCUUAUUGCACCCAUGACAGAGCACAGGAGCGACGCCAGCUGCACAACACUCCACAACAAGGUUUACAUUUGUGGCGGUUUCAAUGGGAACGAGUGCCUGCAAACAGCUGAAUGUUACAGCCCAGAGACCAACCAGUGGACAAUAAUCGGCCCAAUGAACUGCCGGCGCAGUGGAAUUGGUGUCAUUGCAUACGCAGACCAUGUCUAUGCAGUUGGUGGCUUUGAUGGCAACACCCGUCUACGCAGCGCUGAGGCCUACAACCCCCAGACCAACACCUGGCUCGAAGUGUCCUCCAUGUUGACCCCCCGCAGCAACUUUGGCAUCGAAGUGCUCGAUGAUCAGCUCUUUGCUGUCGGGGGCUUCAAUGGCUACACCACCUCCUAUAACGUCGAGUCCUAUGACGCAACCACUGAUGAGUGGUCUGAGGCCUGUGACAUGGAGAUUUUCCGCAGCGCCCUGAGCUGCUGUGUGGUGUACGGACUCCCCAACAUGGCCGAUUACGUUGUCCCUCGUGACGCCCUGCUGCGUUUACAUGCAGAAGAUGAGACUGUGGAGUCUGUGGAGUCAGGAGAGUCCGUCUAACAGAGUACUGCCCUGUGCCACCAUCCAUCCUGGCAAGACUUUAACGUAAAGUAAUGGAAUAAAUGUCC